GGGAAAUUUUGCAUGACACAGGUGGAUAUAUAGCAACAGCAGAAAUAGCCUAUCAGCAGAAGGCUUUUAUUUGUGCUGUGGAGUAGGCAAUUAAUCAUAUAUUGGCCAGCAGUGUUCAGAGAAAGAAUUUUAUAAUCAAAAUGGGACUUGUGGGAGAAGCACGUUUAGGUAUCGCUGAUUAUGUCGUCUUUGCUGUAUUCAUUCUCUCAUCACUAUCAAUUGGAGUUUAUCAUGCACUUAGUGGAGGCCGUCAACGGACGACAAAGGAAUACCUUACAGCUGACAAAAAGCUAAAAGUUGUCCCUAUAUCUCUGUCUUUACUGGUCUCAUUCCAGUCAGCAAUUAUGAUUUUGGGCUACCCAGCAGAAAUGUACAUGCGCGGAGCCCAGUUAUAUAUCGGAAACAUCGGAAUGCUCAUUGGUACCAUUCUUACAACCAGGCUCUGGGUACCUUUGUUUUAUAAACUUCAGAUAACAAGCACAUUUGAGUACCUGUACUUGAGGUUUGACUCUGUAGCUGUUCGAAAACUUGGCUCUGUAAUGGGAAUCAUUGCAACGGUAUCUUAUAUGGGUACAGCAAUGUUUGCACCAUCCACAGCUCUUGAAGCAGUUACUGGUUUUCCUGUCUGGGCAUCCAUAUUGGUCACUGCAGGCGUCGGAACCAUCUACACAUCCAUAGGAGGAAUGAAGGCUGUUGUAUGGACAGAUGUGUUCCAAUCGGUCAUCAUGUUUGGCGGAGUACUAGCAGUCAUUGUCAUGGGCCUUGUCAAAAUUGGAAGUGUCUCCAAGGUAUUUGAGAUUUGCCAGGAACACAAACGUCUCAAUUUCUUAAACUUUGAUUUUAAUCCCACAAGAAUCAAUACAUUCUGGACUAUAGUGUUGUCAGAUACGAUACUCUGGUGGAAGGUUUAUGGAACCAGACAAGCCAGUGUUCAAAGGUUUUGCUCACUGCCCACUCUAAAGAAAGCAAAUGCGGCUGUUCUGCUCGUCAUACCGAUGCAAUUUCUGUUGAUUACAAUGGUUUCUUUCGCGGGACUUGUCAUAUUUGCAUACUACAUCCAUAUAGGCUGUGAUCCCCUUGAACAAGGAAUUAUUAAAUCAGGAAAUCAGAUAUUGCCAUAUUUUGUGAUGGAUACAUUUAAGAGCCUCCCUGGUUUCUCAGGACUAUUUCUUGCAACCCUCUUCAGUGGGGCACUCAGCUCCAUAUCAUCAGGUUUAAAUGCUCUUUCGGCGAUCACCUGGGAGGAUUUCCUCAAACACAGGUUCAGACAUCUAAAGGAGUCAAGAAAAGCACUCUGCACAAAGCUUUUGGUUGUAAUUUAUGGCGUUUGCUCAACUGGGGUUGCUUGUUUAGCAAUUCUUAUAAAAGGACCAAUAAUACAGGCUGGCUCGACUUUAAGCGGUGCUAUAGGUGGGAGUUCCUCAGCCUUAUUUAUACUGGGAGCUUUCACCGCCACUUCCAACUGGAAGGGAGCGAUAACGGGACCAGUUGUAUCUUUCAUAAUCCUCCUCUGGAUUGCUAUCGGAGGCCAGUCUAUUAAAGGCAAUAAUCAAUAUUUACCUCCUGGGCCAACUGAUCGAUGUGAAAUUUCAAAUGGAAGCAGUGUUUAUAACAUUUCCGUUUAUAACAAUGUCACGUCGUGGUAUAACGAUACAAUAGACAUUGUAUAUGAUGGAAAUCUGUUAAAUCAUUCCAGCAUUAUGGAACCUCAGGAACAGGAAUUAACAGGGAUCCAGCACUUGUAUGGCAUUUCUCAUCUCCUAUAUGCGCCGCUUGGGAUACUCCUUGCCAUAAUUAUCGGGCUUGUAGUCAGUUGGGCAACAGGUGGUGAAAAGGGAAGGUGCAUAGACAAAGCAUAUACUUUCUCGCUGCGUGAUGCAAUAUGCUGCUGUUGUUCAUCUAGGGUCAAAGACAAAGCAUGUGGAUGUAAAGAAAACAAAACACCAAGACAAGAAAAUGGAGUUGAGAGAAGUGUUCUUCGAGAUACCGAGUAUCAAAAUAUAGAAACUGGCAAUGAAGAAUCCGGAUGCUGAUGGAAAUCACCACAAUAUCUAAAUUGUGGUUAAAGAUUCUGAUAUAAACUCCAGUUUGAAAU